AUGGCCUCGAUCUGGAGAAGGAGAGGGCAGGAGUGUGGCCUCGAUCUGGAGAAGGGGAGCAGCCUCACACAUCUUCAGCCCUCUCAAUCAGUGAGCUUUUCUCCUUUGAUGUUACUGGUUUUGCUCAUGGCAGCUAUGGGAUUGGAUGCCUACAGAUUCUCAAUUGCAUGGUCUCGGAUUCUCCCAAAUGGCACCGGUGAGGUCAACCACGCAGGCAUCGACCACUACAACAAGGCAGAGCAGAAUGAAGAGAUGGGGAUGUUGUUGGAUGUGAUAUGGUACGAGCCUGUCUCAAACUCCACAGCUGAUGUUGAGUCUGCUAAGAGAGCACAAGAGUUCCAGUUGGGAUGGUCAAAGAUGAUGGUUCUUCUUCUCCUAUUAGAGUACCACUGCCUCACCAGUAUUGGUGUUGAACAUAAUAAGAUGCAAAUGUUAGAACCAGCGCCGAUUUUUUAG